AUGUCCAUGAUCAAAAACAUCGUGUUCAAGAGGUUCAAUUCAAAUCUGAAGAAAACCGCCCUUCAUGAUCUUCACGUGUCAUUAGGCGGUACAAUGGUCCCAUACGCAGGUUAUUCUAUGCCAGUGUUAUAUAAGGGACAGACUCAUAUCGAGUCGCAUAACUGGACGAGAACUAAUGCUGGUUUGUUCGAUGUUUCUCAUAUGUUGCAAAGUAAAUUAUCUGGUCCGCAUGCUGUUAAAUUCCUAAAUCGUGUUACACCUACCGACUUCGAUACUUUGCCCACUGAAUCGGGGACAUUGAGCGUUCUGUUGAAUCGGGAGGGUGGUGUAGUGGAUGAUACUAUUAUCACAAAGGAAAAUCAGAAUAAUAAAUUUCAUAUCGUCACCAACGCUGGUUGUGCAGAGAGAGACAUCGAGUUCCUUCGUGGUGAGUUGCAAAACUACCCAGCAUUAGACUGUCGAUGGAAGAUAAUUGAAGGCAAGUCGCUUUUGGCAUUACAGGGUCCCAAGGCUAAAGAUGUUCUAGAGCCAUUAUUGGAAAAGGCAGCUCAGGGCAGAGAUUUAAAAGAGCUAUUCUUCGGACAAAGACGCGAAUUCGCCUUAAAGGAUGGUACUUUGAUUCAAAUUGCUAGAGGUGGGUACACUGGCGAAGACGGGUUUGAAAUCAGUGUCCCAAAUGAGAAGGCAAUUGAGUUUGCAGAGAAACUUUUGGCCAAUCCAGUGGCGAAGCCCAUAGGGUUAGCCGCUAGGGAUAGUUUGAGAUUAGAAGCCGGCAUGUGUCUAUACGGACAUGAAUUAGACGAAUAUAUCACACCAGUUGAAGCAGGGUUAAACUGGGUGAUUUCCAAAUCAAGAAGAAAUUUAGUAAAUGAAAAGGACCGCUUCAAUGGGUAUGCCAAGAUCAUGAACCAAUUAAACAAUAAGGCGUACAACAGGAUACGGGUCGCGUUCAAAUACUUGAAAAAUGGUCCAGCUGCCAGAAAUGGUGUCAAGAUCUUUCUGCCUGAUGCUCAAACAGAAGUAGGCCUUGUUACAUCAGGCAGUGCAUCUCCAAGUCUAAAUAACAUCAAUAUCGGACAAGCGUAUGUGGAGAAAGGCCACCACAAAAGUGGUACAGAGUUGCUUGUUCAAGUGAGGAAUAAGUUCUAUCCGAUUGAACUAGCGAAGAUGCCUCUUGUGCCUACUCAUUACUACAAACAUUAG